AUGGACCGUACAUUGAAUUUGUCAGAUUUGUACGAACUGUUACAUAACACUUUGUUAAUAACAGAGGAAGUAAAGGAAAUAUUAAGAAAAGAUUGUGACGAAGCAGCAUUUGUCUUAAAACCAUGGCAGAAUGAAAACGAAGCUGAGGAGAUCGCGGCGGGGAUAGGUAGAGCGAUCAUUCUUGCGCAAGAACUGCGGGAAAAAUUGAAGCUUAACGUAGCAUCGAAAAAGAAACCUUUAAGGAAAGACACAGUCAAAAAUAUUUAUUUACCCAAUCCUGCGUCGACUAGUAAGAAAACUUUGAAAAGCAAUAUUACAACGCAAAAAACAAAUACCGUAAAAAGCCCCCAUUGUAAAAGAUCAAGUGCACUUCAAAACGAUAAAGUAACUUCUGUCGCGACGAAAAAAUCUAUCAGCGGUACAAAGCAAAGUAACGCAAUCGAAACGAUGCAGUCAAAGGCGUCAUCCGCAAAAGUUGCGGGAAAGAUACAGAAAGGAAAGAAUUUUAUAUUGGAAAAUAAAUUAAAUAUUAAGAAGAUAAGUUCAGCAAAUAAACUACAAAUUGGUGAUCCUAGUGAUAUUUCGCAAAAUUCAAGAAAGUCUCUACCACCUGAAGCAUCAGCUGCUGAAUUAAGCGAUUUGAUACAUAAAAUGACACGACAAUCUACUGAGAGUACAUCAAUUUCUUCUCCCGGGAAUACUAAGAACGAUUGUCCAUUGCAUGGAAAUAAUGGACAUCAAUCCGUUCAAGAACAAAUUGUAGCGAUAGAUGUAGUGGAAGCGCUCCGGCAUUUUAAUGUACCGAAUGAAAUUGUUAAAGUAUUGAGAACUUAUCAUACGUUUUUAAAAACUGAAGCAGAUAACUCGAAUGAUAUUAAAGAGGAUAGGUUUCAGAAAUCUGUUAACACUUUUUUAAAAGAAUUCGAAGCAAUGAAUAUAAUCGUGCAAGAUCAUUUAUUAGAAGAACCUCACUUGCUUAAUAAGACAGCAAAAUCAAUAACUGUAUUUAGUAAUAUUUUUACUGAAGAUUUAGAUUCGAGCCAGUCCAAUGACAUGAAGCUCACUUCCACUGAAGUAGGAACCUCUUUUAAAAAGCAUGAUAUUAAGAAUAUUGCAAAACCGGUUACAAAAGAUUCAUAUAAUCUGUCUUUGACCAGAGGAUGGAUGUCGAACGGCAUUUGGAAUAUUUCCUGCAUGGAGCAUUUUAAAAAUUUUUCUAAAGCAUACAAUAUAAGAUACUGUAACAAGAAGCAAUUAUUAUUACUAUACGAAGCAAUACAAAAGUUGCAGCGCACUAAGUAUUUAAAUACAUUAAUCGGAAUUGUUUUACGCGACGUGAUACCCACCGUUAGAUCUAACAUUGAACCUGCAAAUGCAGAAUAUGCACAAGCAUAUAAAACAAUGUUCAUUCUCUCCCAAGGUUUAAAUCCCGAAGUGCCGGUUUUAGUGAAAACCGAUAGCUAA